GAGACCCGCGUCGCCGCAGAGAAGUCGCUCGCUACAGCGCGGCUUGCCCGGGCCGUCGCGCGUUGCAUCACGCUCAGCCGGCAGCUCGAAGGCCAGCUGCCCGAAAUCACAGGCCGUGGUGGGAGCGGCGAUGGCAUGAACUCGCCCAACCCAUCCCGCGAGGACUACCGGGCGUUGGAGCGCGCAGCAUCUACCAUCGUCAGCCUGCGGCGCAUGUUUUCGGCCUCGGAGCCCGGCGAGGAAGGCCACGGGCUGGACCGGGUCAAAGUCGUGCGGACGCUGCGCGGCGAACUCAUGAUCCCAGCCGAGAACAUGGUCAAGGGGAGAGCGCAGCAGGCCAUCACGCGCUUCUCCAUGUCCACCAUCGCCACCGGCGGUACGGGGCCGCAGGCGCAGUCCGGCUACAAGCAGGCGCGCGAGGCCCGCGCGCGCCUCGUCUCCGCCGUCACCAUCCUAUAUGUGCUAUCGCCGGUUCCCAAACAGCUGCAAUCGCCGUCCGACUUCCAGCCCGAGCUCCUCCUCUCCGCACUGCAGGGCUACAUGAACGCGGCGAUCCUGUCCUCGCUAAACGCCCUAUCGCGGGCAAUCACCACGCCGCCGAUCCUCGAGCGCACCCUCAACGAAGUCGCCGCCAAAUGCCAGGACAUUUUCGCGCUCGAAGCCAUCCUCGGCAAUAUUCGGGCCCCAGCGCACCCUCUCCUCCCGGCCAUUUCCGCCAGCGACAGCACCGACAAGGGUAGCAGCAGCAGCAACAGCAACCUAGUACAGCCACUCCACGCCGCCCUCGACACAACCUCCCUCCCAUCCUACUUCUGGCGCUCCCUCGCUUCCUCGCUAGCCAUGCGCGCCCAGGAAUUCCUCACACGCGGGGGCGUCGCAGCGCGGACCCUCCGCGCAGGCAAAGACCACCUGAAACGCGAAGUCCGAGAAUGCGUGUUGCGCGGGUCGCAACUACCGACGUCGAUCCUGGGCGCCGAACGCCGACUGGGAAGCGAGACGGGGACGACGAGCGAGCGAACGUGGGAACGCGAGGCGGCUGUGAUGGUCGGCGCCGUGACCAAUGUACCUGAUCGGUAGAAAGUGAUACAAGCUCUAUAUUUAUUAAUCUCCAGUUUGAAAUAAUACAAUUACCAGCGUGC